AAAAUGUCACUGAGAAAAGAUCCUGAUAACUGAAACCUAAAACCCUAAACCCCAGGAUUCUGGAGAGAGAAACUUAUGGUCUCUGUUGGUUCAAAAGCUUUGCUGUUAAGACAACAUAGAAGCAGCAAAAUCUGUAUUAAUUUCCCUGUGGAAGGAGUAGAUAAUAAUUUCUAUAAUCAAAGGGCUAACCCGAAGAAGAAGAAAAUGGGUAGAAAGGCCAUGAACAAGAAAAAAGAUGGGAACUUCUCUAAUGAGAAAUCUGGUGCACAAAGUGGCAAGCAUUACAAGUCAUCCAAACACCAGGAUUCUCCGGCAAUGCAGUCGCCGCCGCCGCCGUCGUCUUUUAUCAGGAAACAGGUUGAUCCAGAAACAGCAAAGUAUUUUGCGGAAAUUGCGAAUGUGGUGGAAGGUGGUGAAAUUGAUUUUGAGGAGAGGUCGGUUGUAUGUGGGAAUGCCUUAGAAGAGGCGAGAGGGAAAGAAGUGGAGCUCGCCACCGAUUACAUUAUUAGCCAUACUUUACAAACUUUACUUGAAAGCUGUUCUGUGGAGCACUUAUGUGGUUUCCUGAGGAACUGUUCCAAGGAGUUUGCUCAGAUUGCAAUGGAUAGGUCGGGGUCACAUGUGGCUGAAACAGCGCUAAAGGCAUUGGCUUUUCAUCUUCAAGACAGUGAUAACCACAUUCUGAUUGAGGAGACACUGACAGUGAUCUGCAAGAUGAUUGUGGCAAAUCCUAUUGAUACAAUGUGCAACUGUCAUGGAUCCCAUGUUCUGAGGAGCCUUCUUUCCCUUUGUAGAGGAGUGCCCUUAGACUCUACAGAGUUUCAUUCCACUAAGUCAUCCGUGGUGCUAGCUGAAAGAUUAAAUACUCGAGCUUCUCAACGGAGUGCUACAGACCUACAGAAUAUUCCACAGAGAUAUCCAGAAUUACUUCGUUCCCUUGUGUCUGAGAUGUUGAAUUCCGCGACGAAAGAUAUGGUGCUUCAGUGUAAUCAAUACAGCAGCUUGGUUCUGCAGACUGCACUGAAAUUGUUAGCUGGUGAAAAGCAGCUUUUAUUGCAAAUUGUUCCAAUCAUUUUAGGAUGCAGCACUGAAAAUGCCGCUGAGGGGAAUCUUAUACCUGAGGCAGCAGUACGGAGAAUUCUCAAUUUGGUGGGAAAAACUGCCUUCAGCCAUCUAAUGGAGGUUGUGUUAGAAGUGGCCCCCGAUACCCUGUAUGACGAGUUAUUCCUGAAAGUGUUUAAGGAUUCACUAUUUUCUCUGUCAUCGGAUCAAUGUGGGAACUUUGUUGUACAGGCUUUAAUUUCUCAUGCGAGAACUGAAGAUCAGAUGGAGUUGAUUUGGGCAGACCUCGGUGCCCGAUUCAAGGAUCUUCUGGACCUGGGAAGAUCUGGAGUUGUUGCUUCUAUUGUCGCUGCAUGUCGUAGGCUUCACACUCACGAGAAUGAGUGUGCUCAGGCUCUUGCUGCAGCUGUUUGUGCAAUAGACGACUCUCCAAGAUGCAUUGUUCCUAGAAUACUUUUCCUCGAUAAUUACAUUUUCAGUGAAGAUAAACCAAACUGGAGCUGGCCGCAUGGUACUAAGAUGCAUGUACUGGGUUCUUUAUUGCUGCAGUCAAUCUUUGGAUUUCCAAAUGAAUCCAUACAAUCGUAUGUUACGAGUAUCACAUCCUUGGAGGAAAGUGAGGCCCUAUCAGCAUCAAAAGAUCCCUGUGGCUCACGUGUUGUUGAGGCUUUUCUUAGCUCAAACGCUACAGUGAAGCAGAAGCGUAAAUUGAUCGCGAAGUUACGUGGGCAUUUUGCCGAGCUAUCAGUGCAUCCAUCAGGUUCUUUUACCAUUGAAAAAUGCUUCAGUGCCUGUAAUCUGUCGUUAAGAGAAACAAUUGUAUCAGAGCUCCUACCUGUACAAAAGGACCUGGCCAAUACUAAACAAGGACCUUACCUCCUGAAGAAAUUUGAUGUUGAGGGAUUUGCUAAACGUCCUGAUCUGUGGAAGUCGAGACAAUCUUCAAGGCAAACUGCUUACAAAGAAUUUUAUGAUGCCUUUGGACCAUCAGGAACUGAUGUAUCAGGGGAAAAAACUAGCUUUCUAGCUGAGGUUAAGCAUAAUUCGCAGUCUGGGAAGAUGAAAGACAUGAGAAAACAGAUUGACAAUUCCCUUGUGAACACUGGUCCUAAGCUUGGUACUCCGUUUCUGGCUCAUCAAGGCUCAAAGACUAAACCCGGAAAGUCAGGGUCAAAGCGGUCACGAGAAGGAGGGAGUACUCCCAAAGUUGGCGUGGAUGGUAACAUUUUGAGAAACAAGAAGAAACAAAAAAGUUAACUAGACAUAUCAGGAGCUUGGCCAUCAAGUUUUUGACAGCUGUAUCAAUUCAAAUCCCGCCCACAGGUUCAGAAGGCCAACAGGAGCAAUGGAUUGUUGGAAUCGUUUGGCAAGGGUUGGUUAAGAAGCUUGUGAAAUCUCUGUUCUUGUUAUAAUAUAUACAGCAUAUGAUAGGAUCACUUCCGUUUAUUCCAUGAGAAGUAGAAUUGCUUCCUUUGGAGUGUGUUCAGAUUUAAGUGAAAUUCUUGUUAACAAGGAACAAGAAUUUGCUGAAAUUUUGAGGGAUUCUCCCCAAACCCCAACCCCCCCACCCCGGUUCUUGUUUAAGGCUGUAAGUAUGCCAUAGUAGUGAUAUGUAAGGUGUAAACUUUCAAAUGAAUUCCUAUCCCUGACAUGAUCUAUCACU